AUGGCUGACAUUGCGGCGGCUCUUGAUGCCUAUGGGCUCACUGACCUGAAAGCAGAAGAUGUCCCUCGAGAUGGCACAGGCGUUGUCAAGCUAGACCCUUGGUUGGAACCGUUCAGCGCGGCCCUAAGGCAAAGAUUCGCUAAAGCGCAGGAUUGGAUAGACAACAUCGACAAAUACGAAGGUGGACUGGAGAAGUUUUCAAUGGGGUUUGAGCAAUUCGGCUUGAACGUGAACGAAGAUAACAGCAUCACAUAUCGUGAAUGGGCCCCUAAUGCAGUCUGUGCAUCUAUCGUGGGCGAGUUCAAUGACUGGAAUCGCAAGUCUCACGUAAUGAAGAAGAGCGAGUACGGCGUUUUUGAGAUUGUGAUCAUGGCCAAAGAUGGCUUGCCCGCCAUACCGCACAAGUCAAAAAUCAAGAUAGCCCUGGAGUUGCCAACGGGCGAAGUUGUGUAUCGUCUGCCUGCGUGGAUCAAAUACGUAACCCAGGACUUGGACGUUUCCCCUGCCUACGAGUCACGAUUUUGGAACCCCAGUGACACUGAAAAAUAUAUCUUCAAACACCCCAGGCCUGCCAAACCUUCAGGCAUUCGAAUUUACGAGGCUCAUGUUGGUAUUUCUACUCCGGAACAAAGAGUUGCAACUUAUAAAGAAUUUACCCGUACCAUGCUUCCUAGGAUUAGGGACCUCGGGUAUAAUGUCAUUCAACUUAUGGCUAUUAUGGAGCAUGCAUACUACGCAUCGUUUGGCUAUCAAAUAAAUAGCUUUUUUGCUGCCAGUAGUCGAUACGGGCCGCCCGAAGAUCUAAAGGAACUCGUAGACACCGCGCACAGCAUGGGAAUAACCGUGCUAUUGGACGUCGUUCACAGCCAUGCUUCGAAAAAUGUUCUCGACGGAUUGAACGAGUUUGAUGGCACGGAUCAUCAUUAUUUCCACGGUGGCGGAAAAGGCAGACAUGAUCAGUGGGAUAGCAGAUUAUUUAAUUACGGUCAUCACGAGGUCCUCCGUUUCCUACUCAGCAACCUGCGAUUCUGGAUGGAAGAGUAUCACUUUGAUGGUUUUAGGUUUGACGGCGUCACAAGCAUGCUUUAUACUCAUCAUGGCGUUGGAUCUGGAUUCUCUGGAGGCUAUCAUGAGUAUUUCGGUUCUGAUGUGGACCAAGAAGCCGUGGUUUACUUGAUGCUUGCCAAUAAGAUGCUGCAUUCUUUAUAUCCCGACUGCAUCACUAUUGCCGAGGAUGUAUCUGGAAUGCCAGCUCUUUGCUUGCCCCUCGCCCUUGGCGGCAUGGGGUUCGACUAUCGCCUCGCUAUGGCGGUGCCCGAUAUGUGGAUCAAACUUUUGAAGGAAUUCAAAGAUGAGCAAUGGGACAUUGGAAACAUCUGCUUUACGCUAACAAAUCGACGUCACCGAGAGAAAACAAUCGCCUACUGUGAAAGUCACGACCAAGCUUUGGUAGGCGACAAGACGCUCAUGAUGCACCUUUGCGAUGCUGAAAUGUAUACAAACAUGUCAGUAUUGUCGCCAUUGACUCCAGUUAUCGAACGAGGCAUGUCCCUCCAUAAAAUGAUUCGCCUGAUAACCCACGGACUGGGAGGCGAGGGAUACUUGAACUUCGAGGGCAACGAGUUUGGUCACCCGGAAUGGCUUGAUUUUCCCAGGGAAGGCAACAAUAAUUCGUUCUGGUAUGCGCGUCGCCAGCUAAAUCUGACUGAAGACAAUCUGCUGCGAUACCAGUAUCUCAACCACUUUGAUCGACUUAUGAACCUCUGCGAAGCCAAAUACCAUUGGUUGAGCUCUCCUCAGGCAUAUGUUUCUCUCAAACAUGAAGGGGACAAGGUAAUUGUUUUUGAGAGAGCUGGUGUAGUAUUCAUCUUCAACUUCCACCCUUCAUCAAGCUUCACCGAUUAUCGAAUUGGUGUCGAGAUCGCUGGUAUGUACCGCAUCGUUCUCAACACCGACUCCAAGGAAGUUGGUGGCUUGAAUCGAGUGGAUGAAAACACUCGAUUUUUUACAACUCCAAUGGAGUGGAAUGGGCGCAAAAAUUGGACCCAGAUAUACAUUCCGUGCCGGACAGCGAUGAUUUUAGCACUCGAGGGGUCAGUCACCGGAAGAUAA